UAGGUGGCACCCACACUUAUAAAUAAAUGAAGCCUAGGUUUCCUUUUCCUAGUUGAUCUGAUAUUUCGAUCCUCUGCUGAGUGAAAAUGAUCUAUCAGGUGCUUAUUAAUUUCGACGACAAAAAGAAUAAACCCCUAGAAGUGGCGGACUGUGAGGACAAAUUUAACAAAACCACAGUCUUGGAACUGAAGAGAAAAUUCAAAGAAAAAAUCGCCGGAUCACCAGAUCCAGAAAACUUAAGAGUUAUCUUUGGAAAAGACCCUCUGGAAGACAACAUGACACUUGUGUUUUAUAAAAUUAAACAUUUGUCUGUCCUUUUCUUUAUUUUAAAGAUGCCUGGAGGAGGAGAUGUGUGAACAUGACAUGGAUCCUAAAAGCACUGACAGAAAUGGGAUGAGAGGGUGCAUGUGGCUAAGAGUGGACCAUAAUGUGGUUUGAGGAUCUACAGUUACCUCUGUUGUGAUUUCAUAUGAAAUAUGCAUGGUUUAGACUUUAGACACUUCCUUUUAAAUGCAAGUGUACUUCAAAACCAGUGUUUUCUUUUUACAGUAGUAUUACACUGCAUGACAAGGUUGUGAUUUGUACCUAUGAAUAAACUGUAAUGCUUAUAAUUUAAGAACAUUUUAUGAUUUUAGGAACAACAAUUUGAAAGUUUACUUGAAUUUGGAAUUGAGUCGAUUCAUGACUGUAUAUAAUAACCUCUCAUUUGCAUUAUGAAAAUGCCUGUGUAUGCAAUCAGAUGUAAUUGAAAUUAAAAUGAGAAGUAUGCAUUAUAGAGAUCUAACUUGAAAAAUAAAUGUCUGAAAAGA